UUGCGCUUAUCUCAGUUGUGUUGCUAAUCAAAGCAGUGACCACUCUCAUUCCAUCGAUCGAACAUUCGUGAUGUGUGCAUUUAAACAAACUUAAAUUUUUGAAAAUUUGUUUAAAAAAUUAGGAGAUAGUGAAAUUAUAGCGCAGAUGGGUGUAUAUCACGAAUAGUGAACAGUGAACAGUUACGUCAUUCUGUAUCAACUCCUCCGAAUUUUUUCCCCCCACGACCGAGAUUGUUUUAGAUAUCGCAAUGAAGAUUAAUGAUUCAAAUACCAAAGUUAAGUUGCGUCUCAGGCAAUCGAUGACAGCUCUGGGACCAUUGUUGGGCGUCUGCGUGACCGGUAUGUCGAGCGGCUACAGCGCGAUUCUUCUGCCGCAGCUGAAGACAAUUUCGACCAAUGACAGUGAAUCUUUAUCUUCCGAAUCUGCGAGCGCGGAUCAUUUCGGAGCGCUCAGCAUCGACCAGGAGUCGUGGAUCGCGGCAGCCGUGACUCUGCUAGUAGCCCCGGGAUGUUGGACCGGUGGAUUCGUGGCGGAAAAACUCGGCAGAAAGACGUCAGUGACACUACUGUUUCCCGUCUAUUUUAUCAGCUGGCUGAUUAUCGCCCUCGCCAACAGCAUAGACGUUUUGAUAGCGGGCAGACUUCUCUGUGGGUACUGCGCCGGAGUCUUGGCGCCCAUAUUUUCGAUCUACCUGAGUGAAACGACCGAUCCUCAGUUACGUGGCGUUCUGCUGGGGGCAACCAGCUUGACCCUUUCGGCCGGUAUAUUGGCGUGUCACGCAAUGGGAACUUGGCUGCAUUGGCGAACCACCGCGUACAUUAGCGGCGUGUUGCCCGUAAUCUGUUGGAUCCUCUGCGUCUACUCGCAAGAGAGCCCGUUGUGGCUACUGGGUAAAGGCAAGAUCGAGAAUGCGAGGCGCUCCUGGAUAUACCUCCGUGGUGAGGAGUCACUCGAGGAGUUCUCCCUGCUGGAAACCGACAGGCUCGCGGAAAUAUCGGCGAAGAGAAUCGAGAAACGGUCGUUGCUGCGCUCGUUCAGGAAGACGUGGUCCUCGCGCAACUUCCUGAUGCCUUUCAGCAUCGUUUGCCUGUAUUUUUUCAUCAUGCAAUUCUCAGGCACCAACGUGAUGACUUUCUACUGCGUCGAGAUGUUGACGGACGUCUCCGGCCCGGCUUACGCGUACCUGAUAACGCUGAUCGUCGACGUGAUUCGUCUGAUAUUCGCCGUUCUCGUGUUCGUUUUUCUGAAAAUAUGCCGCAGGCGCACCGUGAUGCUUAUAUCCGGCUUCGGCGCGGCUAUCACCAUGCUAUCUUUAAGCGCGUGUCUGACAUUUGACAUUGGAAGACCCUGGAGCCCCAUGAUUCUACUCAUCACUUACGUCGGCCUACUGUCAAUGGGAUUGUUUUUCUUACCCUGGAUGUAUUGCGGCGAACUGUUCUCGAGAAAACACCGUGGGUUCGGUUCCGGAUUAGCGACCAGCUUCAAUUUCGCGUGUUUGUUCGUGGUGAUCAAGACGAUGCCGCUUAUGAUGGAAUUUGUAAAGCCCGAAGGUACAUUCGCCGUUUACGGUACUGUGGCGUUGGUCGGGACUAGUGUUUUGUACUUCAUUCUUCCUGAAACCAAGAACAAAACCUUGCAAGAGAUUCAGAUGUCUUUUGGCAAAGAAUUUCACGCACCGCAAGCACAAAGCGCGGACGUACCACUCCGCGAGCGUGUUUCUUUUGAGAAAAACAACGGAUUGGAUAAGGAAAUGCCGCUUGAUAAAUGACGAUCAUUUAAUGAGCAGAUGUUACAGAAUAUGAUAUGUAUUUUUAUAAGUAGGUAUGUGAAUAUAUUGUGAUAAUUCAUAAAUUUAUGUACGACGUGAAUAGCAUUCGUAGAUUUUAAUUUAGUAUAAAAAUAAAUUGCUAUUUUUUCGGUUACUUUCUUAAAAAAAAGCGUGCUGUUUUGGCAUGUGAUAUCAAGUAAACAUAUCUGCAUCAAACAUUAUAUCCUUUCUUUCUGCUGUUGUUGAAAAAUUAAUGCAAUUUAUAAAUUAAAACUUGGAUGUUGAGAUUAGCUUGCGGCAUAAUGAUGUAUUUGACUGCGCUACCGCAAGCAAUGCCGUACAAGCGACGACGCGACGCAUUCUUCCGGCCGGAUAUAUUUCGGUCGUGCCGUAAAAUUAACCGAUGCGUCCGAAAUAAUGACUCCUGCGGCCGUCGGGACGGAGCGGCGAGUGCAAUAGAAAUUUAACUGCGAGCCUUGCCGGCAUGACGGACCGUAAAAUUGCGUUCUCACGUGAUUAUUGCUCGGACCACUUACCGCAGCUGAUGGAAAUUACGGUUCGUCCCGGCGGUUCUCGCGUGACGUUUAGCGGCCCGCGCAAUGACUUAGGCGCGUACGCGAGUAAAAUAUGAUGGCGGUGCUGUCGGGGUUAUUAAAAUGCGAGGAAUCCUGAUUCAUUGCCCCCCUUCGUCGAGAUUUCAAGGCGACGAAGAUAAAGAUUGUUUCCCGUUUCCGGAAAACGUUCCGGAAACGAUAGAUAUAUUUACUACCGCAUCCUAAUACAUACGUGAUAGAUAUUAUAGUUUCUCAAGAGGAAUGACACGAUUUCAAUUUUAACUCGUAUUGUUUUUUGCGUCGCACGAAUCUUUAUGAUCGCCAAUCGAAUAAUGAAUUCAAUCUUACCUUUAUAUUGGACUAACUUUUAUAGUUGCCGUUUUUAUUUUACAAUAAUUCCUAGAUCCUUCAGAUACCAUUCUUCCUAUCGGUAUGAUUUCAAUCUCGAAGCGUCAGAGGUAAGCGCAAUAAAGAAUCACGCUAAACUCCAAUGGUUUUUCUCUUUUUAAUUUCAUCCCCAAUCCUAACUCAUUACCCUCUUUUCUUCAGCCAUGCUCUUACUUGGAUCGCUUCGGCGUUGAUUAUCGCAAGCACGCAAAGCGGUCGUUACGUUAUCCUUGCUUCUCUUUACUAUAACCAUUUUCGAUCAGUAGUCUUCUUCGCGAAACUCAAUUCCCCGGCGAAAUAUUGGUCGGAAAUUUUGCGACGGCAAAAUGUCAUUCAU